UCUCAGUCAUUCUCUCUCUCUCUUUCUGUGUGCAAAAACCGGAACUUUCUGCUCGCCGGAAAUACGGAAGCGAAUAGAAGAUGGGUAGUCGGACUCAGGCUCGUCAGCUGAGCAAUGGGUUGUUUGUGUCGGGAAUGCCGGAGCAACUGAAGGAGAGGCAGUCGGUAAUGUCGUCACGAGCAGCGCCUUACACCGGCGGUGACGUGAAGAAAUCUGGAGAGCUGGGGAAAAUGUUUGACAUACCAGUCCUCGACCGCCCUCCUUCCAAUCCCAACUCCAACCCCAACUCUAAGCAGCUGCCGCAACCGUCACGCGCCUCCUCUUCGUCACAGCCCAAUAGUGGAUCCAUUCGAUCCGGGCCUAAUUCUGGGCCGAUGAGGAAGUCUUCUGGGCCCAUGCCGCUCCAUCCUACAGGACUCAUCACCUCCGGUCCUCUGAGUUCCGGCUCCAGGAGGUCGGGACAUCUGAGUCAGGCGGAGCAAGCUACUCCCGGGUCGGGUAAGGCGGGGUACGGACCGGCUGUGACGAGUCUCGGGGACGGCGGCCUAAGAGUUGGGUUCAAGGUGUCAAAGGUGGUAGUAUGGGCAGUGAUGGUGGUGGUCUUGGUAGGGUUGUUAGUGGGGGCAUUCUUGGUGGUGGCGGUGAAGAAGAUGCUGGUUCUUGUGGCGGUGGCGGGAGUGCUGGGACCCGUGGUGGUGGGAUUGAUGUGGAAUUGUGCUUGGGGAAGAAGAGGGCUGUUGGGGUACGUGAAGCGCUACCCAGAUGCUGAACUUAGAGGCGCCGCUGAUGGGCAGUACGUCAAAGUCACUGGGGUUGUUACUUGUGGCAGCAUUUCUCUGGAGUCAUCUUACCAGAGGGUGCCUAGAUGUGUAUAUGUUUCCACAGAAUUGUAUGAGUAUAAAGGAUGGGGAGGAAAGUCUGCAAAUCCUAAGCAUCAUUGCUUCUCCUGGGGGUGUAGGCAUUCAGAGAAAUACAUUGCUGACUUUUACUUAUCAGACUUCCAAUCCGGUUUAAGAGCAUUAGUUAAAGCAGGAUAUGGAGCUAAGGUUGCUCCAUUUGUCAGACCAGCUACCAUUGUUGAUGUGACAAAAGAAAACAGAGACCUAUCUCCAAGCUUUUUUCACUGGCUAGCUGAGCGCAACCUUUCCAGUGAUGACCGUAUAAUGCGCCUAAAAGAAGGUUAUAUUGAAGAAGGGAGCACCGUGAGUGUGAUGGGAGUGGUCCGACGCCAUGAUAAUGUCCUCAUGAUUGUUCCAUCCUCACAGCCAAUCUCAACAGGUUGUCUGUGGAACCGCCUCCUCCUCCCAACAUAUGUUGAAGGUCUUAUUCUGACGUGUGAUGAGACUCCAGAUACAAAUGUUGUCCCUGUGUAGUAAACUCCAUUUCAUCUUAAGUUUGUUUGCAACUGGAUGUCACAAGAAAUACUAUAAUGGUGGAUACGUGAUGCAGACAGCUGCCUGAUUGGUCUUCUCGUUCGCAGUUAUGAAGUGUAAGUAAAUGGCCUGGAAGAAUGUCCAACAGGAAUGCUAAAGAUCAUAAUAUGUUGACUAUAAUCUACCUCCAAAUCAGGAUAUGGCGGGCAGUUGUUGAGGUUCACCACUGAGGAAUUUCAUGUCGGAAGCUAGAUAUAUUGUGUUCUGAAGAUGCUGAGGUUUGGUUUGAUUUUCUGUACGUAAGUAGCAGAUGAGCCAUAAAGGUUUCAAAAACGGUUGCUUUUAGGCUCUGUAAAGUACUUAACUCCACUUGGGUUUUUUCACGUUCUUUGGUUUGUUCAUAUCAUGUUCUAGGUUGUAUCAAGGAACUAAUCUAUGUUUAUAUUCUGAAAUAUAUGCUUAUAAUAAUG